GUUACGUAACAGCCGAAAGUAUGGUAAGAAGAACUGCACAAGCGCGAUAACGCGAGAAUUGUUGACGAUGCAGCUGUCGUUAUGCUGCAACGAACGAUGAUCUCGGCGACGAUAUUCCGUCGAUCGUGUUCGCUCUAGCACCGGCGAGGUAGCCGAGACACAAUCGACGUGGUCACUUCGGGAGCGGGCGCUGGGGUUCUAAUCGACUAGUUACGCUACUGGGCCGCGCAGGUGAUUAUGACGUACCGCGAGACGGCGUCGCGCUGCAUCGCGUCGCCGGCACGCGUACAAGUCGUACCAGUCGCGGUUGUGUAUCGCUCGAGAUCGGCACGUAAUUGUCGCGUAUUCGCGAGACGACACUCAAACACGCGAAAAGCACGAGAUAACAAUCCGCGAGUCAACCGCGACGGCCUUCGCUCGUCUCUUCGUCGUCCCUCUUCCUCCCGCAGCCGGCGACGGCGACGGCGGUGGCGGCGGCGGCGGUGCGAGCGAGCGAGCGAGCGAGCGAGCGCGCGCGCGCGCGCGCGCGCAGCAUUGCGCAGUGGGUACCAGGCGCUCAUUGGGCAGAGGCACGCCGGGAAAUACGCGAGGGCGCGCGAUUAAAAGAAGCGGAGAGAGGAGAAACGGGCGCGGAAAUUCCAGAAAACGGGACGGGCAGUUUCCUCGGGUGCGAAAGCGGCGCAGCGGAGAGACGAGAGGAGAGCAAGAGAGCAAGAAAAACGAGAGAAGGAAAGCGAGCGAGCGUGCAAAGACAGCGCAAAAGAUAGCCGAUGGUAGGCGGUGGUGUCGCGUCGCCGGCUCGGCAAAAAUCGCGACUUGAGAUAAGGACCUGGCGAUAUUGAAAGUACGCGUGCACACAGUGCGCGGUUUCUCUCCGCUUCGCCAGAAUCCGACUCCGUUCCGAUCGCGAGUGUUCCCCGGCCGCGAGGUGUUUGCGUCGGCUGCGUGCGAAUGUGCACCGUGUGCGUGUGAAGAGGCCCCGAUCGUUCGCCGAAUUGCGCAAACAAGUCUGUCUGCCUGACAUCUUGGAGAAAUCGCCGUUCUGUCGCGCGAGAGCAAUUUUCGAACAACUCGAGUCGCUCGGCUGCCAGAAGAGGGAGACUCGCCAAAAUUGAUUUCACUCGCGUACUUGGCACGUACUUUCGUAGCCAGAGGAGAGGGAGAAGGAGGGAGAAGGAGAGGGGAGAUUCAGUGAGAGAGAGAGAGAGAGAGAGAGAGAGAGAGAGAGAGAGAGAGAGAGAGAGAGAGAGUCGCCGACGAGAACAUCCGACUCAUAUCUGCUCAAAACAAGAUAGAGGCGGAGACUGACGAGAUACUGAGCGAAAUACAUAUUGGCUGAGGGGCAAACUUACGGACCCGUUAGCGUCCUAGGAUAAGAGAGUUCAAGCGAGACGCGUAGAAGACGAAGGUGCAAACGAUACAGACAGUCCGCGCUCGUGCAAGUGCCGAAAAACUCGCGAGUCGUUGGAGAUGGAGAUAUGGAAACUACGUGAAACGUGGAGUGUCUCUGCAAUGCGAUAAGAAUCGCGAGAAUCGUCGAAGCGAGAGACCGACGCAAAAAACGCUCGAGUGUGCAACGUUGAGCACGGACGAUUGCGGCGAUUCCCGAGGCUCUCUUUCGGCGGUUUUCCGGAGCACUUUCAUGAAUGAAGGGCCGCGUGAGGCGCACCGUCUGAUGCGCAUCCCUACGAUACGAUUAUUCACAAUCGCGUGACGAAUUCGUGAACGAAUGCGUGUGGGAGACUUGGUGAGAACGUACCGUCGCGACUGCGCCAUCAUCUUCUCGACGUACGAAGGAAACGCCCGAGAUUCACCGAGACGAUUCUUCCUAAGCAUUUUGCCAUUUAUUAUACGGAGUUAGGGGAAACCCAGAAACAGGAAACAUGGCUAAUCCUAGUCGAGUUUCGCCGAUACGGAUCGAGACGCGAGCGCUACAAUGCGUCUCGAUUCCGGACUAUUCGUCAGUGAGCUCGCUGGAGGAGGACUACGGAUCAACCGAGUCCGAGGACAUGUCCACCAGCCCGGACACAUCUUAUCGCUCGAGCGCUGAUGCGGACAAGAACUUCGAUCCCGAAGAGGACUUUCGCAAGGAGCUGGUGAAGCUUGACGACAUCAUCGAGAAGAUCGAGAAUCUGCGGUUUGUGCGCGUCGACCACGACGACGACGACGACGACGACGACAACGACGACGACGACGACGACGUCGACUCCGAUCAGCACUCCAACUUCGAUGAGGACUCCAACGUGUACGUCGGCAAGACAUCGCAUCGCGUCACCAGUGAGAACGUAGACAACGUGGAAUAUCGGAACACCUGCGAGCUGCCGAGGAAUCGUCAACACACCGACAACGAGGACAUAAACAAUAACGAAGAUAACGGAACAGUCGAGAAGAACGAGGCUGCCUGUCAGUCGUUGAACAUACACGACGAGGUCGAUGACGAAGAGCGACGCUAUUCGCAGGAGGAUCAAGACUCCGUGGACGAGGAGGCCGAGCAGGAGCAUGAAGAUUCUGACGACUCCGACCUGAUCGAGCGUGGCCCGAUCAAGCCCGACAUUCAAACUCCUUUCCGAGGAGGCCACCCGUACUCCAUCCGUUGGCAGUCGAUCGACAAUACGGACGCUAUCCAGGCGGACGCCAGCCACACGCUGGACUACGACAAGACCGCCGAACAAAUCAUGAGGAACAAGUAUUACAGCGAGAAAUUGAAUCCCUGCUUGGACGAGCUGUCCAAAUCCAGCCGGAACCAAAUGUCGAUGGGGACGAUAAUCGGUAGCCUGACGAUGAACUCCGGCUGGGUCGACAAGACCGGCGACGGCAGCGUCUUCCGCAACGAAUCCGUCAGUGACACCGCGGCACUUCCCUCCAUAGUCGUCAACCCAACCGAGGAGUCCUUGAUGGACAUCCUGUCACAGAACAUUUUACAGCCCGCGGUGUUGUCGGACGCCGGUAGUCACUCUAUUCCGUCGCCGGGAGCGAAAACUUGGUCGAAUUCACCGGCGAGCAGCUACAACUACGUCGUCUCGAGGUCGAACAGUCGCGCGUCGAGUCGCGCGCAAUCACCUGGUUCCGCCACGAAUCUGGAGUCGCCGCAGAUGCACGUCAACGUGAUCGACAGUCCGCUCGGUUCACCGCAGGUCGCGUCGACUUAUCGAGUGCCGCAGGCGUUGUCCUCCUCGUCCUCGUCCAAUCAGUCCUACGGCGACGCGUCGAGUCCGUGCAACUACCAGGUACCCUUGAGUUAUCAGGCCGAGGAGCAGCUCGACGACUGUUUCGACGCUUUGUCCGGUUGGAAGGAGUCCUACGACUCUUCGGGAACGAUCGCCAACAGCAGCGAAACCAUCGACUGCGAUACCAACGACUUGCUGCAGAUGGUGGAGCAGAUGAUUGAACAGGACAAGCAGCAGGAAGUGCUGAAGGAACCGCAGAUCGCCUCGAACGCGCCUUAUUUCCCGUCCACGUACGCAACCCAAUGCGUGCCUGCGCGCACCUCGCACACCAACCCUAAUCCCACGGAGUGUACCUCGAACGAGCUCGGGCGGGCCAGCAAACCGGAGAACUCCGGCCUCGGCAUGUCCAACGCGAACCCCAUGGUCCACAGCCUGAUAGACGGCAGUCUCGUGUCGGUCUAUACGAUGAAGGAGGGCACCGGCGGUUAUACUUUCGUGAAUCGCGCGGUCGACGGUCACGCGAUCGGCUCGGAGCAGAGGUACUAUGAGCCGGUUGUGAAAGCCGCCCAGUACGACAACGGUCUGUGCAGCAUCGCUGGCUUGAACACGCCCGACAGCUCCACCAAGAACCGUGGAAGCCCGGGGUUAUGCACGUCACAGAAGUACGCGCUGCCACACGUCACCGACGGGGACGAGAGAUACAACCAUUCGUCGACGAUGUACAUGCCCAGCGACUAUCAAAUACCGACGAUGGUCUCCUCGUUCGUAUCAGCGAGCCGUCCGCAAAGGAAGCCGUAUCAGAGCAUAAAGCCAUGGCCAAUGCUAAAUUUACCGUCCGUGAGGGCGAGCGAGAGAUUGAAGGAAGUAUUACAUCCUAAGGAAGUGGAAAGAGCCAUGAAUAAUCUGCUGAAGAAGCCUAUAGAGGAACUGGCGUCCGCGGACGAGGAUGGCGAUACGUCGCUAAUGAUCCUGAUGGGCAAUCCGAACGAGCUGAAGAAGAAGAUGGCGCAUCUGGUGCCCUUGGUCGAAAGAUUGAGUAGUGUACGAGGUGCGCUGGCAAUGGUGAACAAUCGCGGCGAGGACGCUCUGUACUUGGCAGCGAUGAAUUGCCCGGAAAUGUCGUACGUCACCGGAUACUUGGCCGCAGCAAUGAUGCAGAAGCAGAUCGAUAUGAACCGAUUAUAUCACAUGCGCGGCGACACGCUGAUACACUCGGUGGCGGCACGUGGCGAUUCUCACGGGGAGGUGCUGGCGGAGCUGUUGGCACUGAAGAAGCCGGAUGGGAAGUCCGCCUUCGAUCUAUCCAGGUGCAAUUACAACGGUAAGACUGCGCUUCACGUAGCCAUCGAAUCGCACAGCUCCAUCGGACGGGACGUCAAGUGCCUGGCGACGACGCGUCUGCUCCUGGAGAACGGUGCGAGCGCCAGGGACAAGGAGAGUAGGUGCGGUGACACAGCCUUACACAUGGCCGUCUCGUUGAGCUGCGACCCUGCGCUCGUCAAGGUAUUGCUGUGCCACGCCACUCCGGACGUCGUGAACGAGACCAACUACAUGUACAACACGCCGUUGCACAUGGCCGCGGCGGUUUCGAAUGCUGUGAGCCUGGAGAAGCAGAAGGAGGUCUGUCUGCUCUUGAUACAGGCCGGAGGUCAGACCAACAUACAGAACCGGCAGGGUAGGACACCCCUGGCGCUCGUGUCGGCCGACAGGAAGGAAGUCAUCAAGAAAGUGUUCUAUAAGAAAUCAUGAUGACUGCGGCAAAAGCGCGGGAACGAGCCCGACGGUGGUUGUCGCACGUAAGACUGAUCUCCACGAGUUUAUGUAACUUUAGCAGUGCCGGAAACAGUGCAAUCACGGCGAGAGUGUUCGGAAGCACACACCGGGCGCAAUGGAUCCUCGUCGCUCCGCCUCGCGAGGCGUAUACGGGCGACGUGCGUUGAUCGAGCGAACGAGCGAGCCUCCGAAAGUGCGAGACGCAAGCCGAGAUGCGACACGCCACGAAUCGCGCAAAAAUAGAAUUGGCAGCGGAAUUGUCAUUGUCGGCGAUAUGCUGUCGUGUACCGCUCGACUUAAGAACCGAAGAUUUAUACGCACAGGCUGAGCGCUCCACAAGAGCCUGCGAAGACUUCAUCUGGAAAAGAUGAAGUCUGUGCCACAGGCAUUCGAUCUCUGUUUACCUCGAAUUCUAUUCCUAAGAAUAGCAUGUCUAUGAGCGAAAAGCUGCAGUGAAGAGGGUAUGUAGCUACCUACCUUCACAUCUUGUCCUUAAACCUCUUACAAGAAGUCGCAGUCUUCGUGUACAAGGUUAUAUUGUGAACCGGUGAGGAAAAUCGUGUACUUUUAAGGCUCAUGUUGAUGUAGAAGCUUGAAACAAAGUCUCACCUGAGAUGUUCAUUUACAAAUACAGAGCGUCACGUUUGUCAUGCGAUUCGACCGAGUGGCUCAGACUUGACUCCGAAUUCAGAUGUCAAAUCGCCUCACGGUCAUGAGGUAAUUUCGUAUUUUCAACGUCCGCGAGACACGACCAUGUAGCUUCAAGGGUCAACGAUCGGCGCUCUAUUGCGACUUGAGACUUGAGAAAGGAGUGAAAAACAUGUCACGCAUGACAGUUGAGCGACCCAACGUUUCGUCUACUUCAGGCCGAAGUUUCGUCGUUCUACCUGCGAUUUAGCGAGAUCGUCGAGGUCGAAUUACGAUCACUUUCGGCGCUGAGUAUACAACGUUUCGAGGUGUCACGGUAUCGAUAUAUCUCUAUAUGUGUGUGCGUGUUGAAUUUUGUAUAGUUAAGUUAUGAAAAAUACUGUUAUUAUCUUUAACCUGUCAUAAUCGCAUAAUAUAACGAUCGCUACCUGCGUACUUUAAUGUUUGAACUUUCCGCGGCCAAGUAGGAUCUAAUUUCUAAUAAUAUCCCGCGCCGAGAGAGGGAGUGCUUUUUAAGAUAUGUAUGUUUGGUUGUGCUCGAUACGUCCACUCGACUCUCGGCGAGAUUUUCUCUUACAAGCUCUUGUAAGAUUUUCUCUUACAAGCUCUUAUAAGAUUUUCUCUUAUAAGCGAUAACGUGGAUCGGAAACGUGGAUUAUAUUAACUCGUAACUCCGUUAGAUGUAGCUCGAGGUUGUUAUUUAACGCAAAAAGGCGCGGUAGGCUCGAAUCGUAACACUUAGUAAGACGGGGCAGUUCUAUUCUAACAUAUCUAGCACUACUCUGGCAAUGUCUUUCUCCAAUUAACGUGUACAUACACUUUCCGUUGAUAUUUUUUACAAGGUGGUUUAACGUUCAAAUGUAUAUCAAUUUUAACGCACCGGGCACUCACGUAUGUGUAAUGCGAAUCGCCCGUACGGCCCGUUCGGCGAAACGACCGCGCGGGUCUUUCCGAAAUACUCGUUCGGCGAAAUUUAACAACGAAGGACGAAUCGAGAUGCGCGCGUUCAAGGAUUCAUACGUCGCGCCUCCAAUUGCGCUUCCUCUCUUUCCUUUCUCUACAGUUUCUCAUUAUUCGCGAUUUAACGAUUACUCGGAAACGCGCGGAACGAUGUAGAAGCAGAGCGUAAAACGCGCGCGAUCGCAGGUUCGUUUCGCGGAACGUGAACCGGUUAUUAAUAUUGUUACGGCACGAGGGAAUAAAUUGGCAAGCGCCAGGCCUUGUGUCACAUGUGAACACAUAUGCACCUGGCUGCUUCCGCGAACUGAAAGGCCAGGCGCCAUAAGUCACGCCGCGUGUGAUAACGAUAUGGACAACGGGCAUGGGAAGCUCGACGUGUCACGAAGAACAUGCGUGCGUGCGUGCGUGCGUGCGUGCGUGCGUGCGUGCGUGCGUGCGUGCGUGCGUGCGUGCGUGCGUGGGUGCGUGCGUGCGUACGUGCGUGAGUGAGCAAGUUCGCGCCAUGGGCGUGUCACAAGCGCGCUCGGCAGCGUGCCGCAUUAACAUAUAUGUAAAUCCAAAAAUACAUUUUUAUACACGACAA